AUGUCUCGAAUACUGAAUCCAUUGUCAGGAAGUUAUCAAAAUCGCACACCACUUACUCGGUAUGAAAAUGAAGGGAAUAGAGCACCAUCAAGUACUUCAAGUUCUGGACAAUAUGGCUUUUACUAUCGAGUCUUGCUAAAAGGUUGCUCAUUGGAUGUUGACUUUGACAAUUUACCUAUUAAACCUGAGCGGAAGGCACGAAAUACAAGAGUACAAGUGCCAAACUUACAACCUUUGCUCAUUCCGGCGGAAAAGGAAGAGUAUUUGACAGUUCGUGUUUCUCUUGUGUGUAGAAACGGUCUUCUAUUUGUGCAGUUAGAAAAUUGUGCUGAACUAAUUAUGACGAUUUCUCGAAGAAUAAAAACAUUGUUGGAAAAAAGAAAACCAGUUUUGAAUCCAGCAGCUGGUAGCAUCGUCAUAGCCAAGUUCAAAGUUGACCAGUGUUUUUAUCGUGCUUGUGUCAUAUCAAAAAGAGAUAUUGGUAGAGUGAAGGUUUUCUUUAUUGAUUAUGGAAACACGGAGUUUGUGGAUGAAGAGGAUAUAUUGCCAGCCGACGAGUUCUUAUUAAACGUUGCUCCACAGGCGGUUCGAUUAAUUAUCAAGGGAGCAGAAAAGACUUCUCUGAGUGACAAAGAGAUGAUUGACUUGCUUCAAGAUAGACAGAUACACGUUCAGCUUUUGUCUGUCGUUGAGCAGCAAGAUGCGUUUUCGGUGAGGGCGUUUUUGUGGGAGAGAGGAAAGAAACUUGAUCUGUCAAAAAUCUUGAUUGGUGUAGCAGAUUGUCCUUGCCUUUCACCGCCUGUUUUAGACGAAACGUUUCCAGGGAGGAAGAUUGAUAGCGAAGUUGUGAACAUUAACAGUCGUGGCAAUAGUCUAUCUGGAUUUCACCCUGCAAAAAAUUCCGAGUUUUGCCAAGACGAGUCACGAAAGUCCAGUCAAAGAAAUUCUGUACAUAACUCUGAAGUUUUGACUGAUCGCUUCAAAUUUGGACAACCUGCAGCAAUUAACAGUUCAUCUUCUGGGAAUCGAACUUUUAGGGAAAGGGCAAUCAAUAACAACAGAAGUUCUUGGAACAGUCAGGAGUUUGGCCGUGAUUCUCGCGAUGGUUUUAAAAGCCGCGCUCAUCAUAAGGAAGAGUCGAGAGCAUUUUCCACUUAUGAAGGACGGCGUAAUGGAGGGUUUUCGAGAUCAAGGUUUACUGAUACUGGUGUUAAUAGUAAUGUUCUUAUACGGCUUGAAAUUUCAUGCCAGGAGAGGGAAGAAAGAAAUAGUGCGAACAGAUUGGAUCCGGAUUCUAGCGAUUUCCAAGCUAGUGAAAGUUUACCUCAUCUUGACACCACUGAUGUUUUAAUAAGGGUUGGUGAGGUACCUACUGCCAUCACUUCUGGUCAGGGGUUAGAUGAUUUUCAAGGCGAGAUAUCGCGUGGAACUGACCUAACCUUCUCAAAAAUCGCUGCUGCUCAGUUGGGUGAUAUCAAGUUUGGCGACGAAGUGCUAGGCUUUAGGAGCGACUAUUCAGAUGCAGCAGAUCCAUACUCGUUCUACGUACAGUUGUUACGUGACCAAGAGUUUGUGGUAAAACUUAAUUUAUGUGAACUUCCAGAAGAUGUGGAUCCACUAGAUAUUUACGGCCUAUUCCGCCCGUGUCUUGCAUUUUAUCCAGAGGACGAAACUUAUUAUAGAGCAGAAUUUAUAAGCAAGCCAGAAGAUGAUAAGCAGGUUAUUCGUUUUGUCGACUACGGCAAUAUUCACGAACUUGGUGAUAAGAAGGUGUAUCAGAUAAACGAAAAGAUUCCUGAUAUAUUCCGUUCUCAUCCACGUUACGCCUUCCACUGCAAAUUAUCCAAUGUAUUGCCGAAAGGCAAUGAACAGUCUUUCUCUUACGAAGCCAGGUCGUAUUUUUCUGAGCUUACAGCAGCAGAUAAAUUAAACGUCCGCUUCUUGGUGCGAUUGCCUAAUGAAAUGUUUGAAGUCGAAUUGUCUUCAAUCGAAGGGGAAAGUGUUUCUGAAAUGUUUUGCAAAAGGGGGUUUGCUGUAAAAGCCAGUGGUUCAAAACUGUACAAGGAUGAUAACAAUUUUGAUACUGCGCAGGUAGAGCAGGACAUCGCUGACGCUGUAAAGUGUAUGGUUGAUUCCGUAGUUGAAGUUAACAGCAGUAACGAACAGAAUUGUCUUAGCGACCGCAAAGGCUUGGAUAAUACGUCUCUACACUGCAUGCGAGAGGAGAAGAGCGCUUUUUUGCAAAAAACAACUGCUGAGCAGGCAAGAGAAGAUCCAGGAUCUGAAUGGCACGUAGACCAUCAUGUUGAUUGGUGA